AUGGCGACUAACAGCAUCAAACUUUUGACUGGCAAUAGUCACCCGGAGCUUGCAAAGCUCAUGGCGGAUCGCCUGGGAAUAGAGUUAACUAAGAUUCUGGUUCUUCAGUAUUCCAACCAAGAAACGAGUGUGACUAUCGGUGAAAGUGUACGAGACGAAGAUGUUUUCGUUCUACAAUCUACGAAACCGAAUGACAUCAAUGAUGGGCUUAUGGAGCUCUUGAUCAUGAUCAACGCUUGCAAAACUGCCUCGGCAAGGCGAAUCACCGCUGUUAUCCCGAAUUUUUUCUAUGCGCGCCAGGAUAAGAAAGACAAGAGUCGAGCACCUAUUACUGCCCGCCUCAUGGCAACCAUGCUGCAGACUGCAGGCGCAAACCAUAUCAUCACUAUGGACCUUCACGCUAGCCAGAUCCAGGGGUUUUUCACUGUUCCUGUGGACAAUCUUUAUGCGGAGCCGAGUAUGUUGAAGUGGAUUCGUGAAAAUCUAGAUGUCGAGAAUUGUGUCAUCGUCAGCCCUGAUGCUGGGGGUGCGAAGAGGGCCACUGCAAUUGCAGAUCGUCUCGACCUUCAAUUCGCUCUCAUCCACAAGGAACGAGCUCGUCCCAAUGAGGUUUCGCGCAUGGUGCUCGUCGGAAAUGUCAAGGACAAAGUCGCAAUCAUUGUCGACGACAUGGCCGAUACAUGCGGUACGCUUGUCAAGGCUGCAGAUACGAUCAUACAACAUGGCGCGAAGGAGGUCAACGCAAUUGUCACUCACGCUAUCCUCUCCGGUAAUGCCAUCGGCAACUUGAACAGUAGCUGUCUUCGUCGUCUUGUAGUCACAAAUACCGUACCUCAUGCAGAGAAGAAAGAACUUUGCGAUAAAAUUGAGAGUAUUGAUAUCAGUCCAACAUUGGCCGAGGCAUGUCGACGAACACAUAACGGAGAGUCUGUCAGCUUUUUGUUCUCUCAUGCAGUAGAGUAA